CUGACUGGGUGUUUGGGUACCAGACUGGAAAGGCGUGGCAGUGGGCUGAACCAGGCGCGCUGAGCGAUGGAAAAAACACACACCAGGGCCCACUGACCUGGUACCAGCUGAGUCCCCGGAGCAGCCUGACAAAAGGAGCGGCGGUGGAGUCAGCCCCCAGCACACACGUCGUUAUCAACCGGAGAAGGCUUUAGGCUGUAGGUGUGCCGCUCAGCGACCGUCGUCCCUGGAUGCGCUGAGCUCCAGGGUAAUACUGCAUAAAAGUAGAAGAUGAGCAAAUUUCCCACGCCAAAGGGGACCUCAGUGCCGCAGAGCCCCAGCGAUGGGGUCCCAGAGGGGGUCCAAGAGGGUCUUCCGUCCCCUCAGCACUCCACCCCUGGCUCCGAAGCCCAACAUAAGAAACGCAUCUCCAGUCUCCUUCAGAGUCCAUCUUUCAGAGAGGAGCUAGAUGUGCUGAUCCAGGAACAGAUGAAAAAGGGAGGCAGUUCAUCUAACUUAUGGGCACUGAGGCAGCUAGCUGAUUUCAUGGCUUCUCAUGGAUCUCCAGCAGCUCUGCCGGUUUCACCUUCCAACAUGAUGAUGGUGACGCCCAUCAACGACCUGCAUGGGUGGGAGCCGAGCAGCAUGGUGAAGGGGGAGAGGUUGAUGCGCUGCAAGCUAGCCAGCACCCACCGGCUGUUCGACCUUUAUGGCUGGGCCCAGAUCAGCCAAACGUCUCUCACGCUGCGGGUGAGUAAAGAACAAGAACACUUCUUGGUGCUUCCAGAUGGUUUGUCCUACAGUGAGGUGACUGGAUCCAGUCUAGUAAAGGUGAAUCUCCUGGGUGAGGUUGUGGAGAAAGGCAGCACCAACCUACAGGUAGACACGGACAAGUUCAGUCUACACUCAGCCAUCUACUCGGCCCGGCCUGACGUCCGCUGCCUGUUUCACCUCCACACACCAGCUACAGCAGCUGUUUCAGCUAUGAAACGUGGCCUGCUGCCCCUGUCCCACGAGGCUCUGCUGGUUGGUGACGUGGCUUACUAUGACUAUAAUGGAGUCAUGGAGGAGGAGGAGGACAGAGUGGAGCUGCAGAAGAGCUUAGGACCCACUUGUAAAGUCUUGGUGCUAAGGAAUCAUGGCAUCGUGGCUCUGGGGGAGUCUGUAGAGGAGGCUUUCUACUCUAUUUACCACAUCCAGGCAGCCUGCCAGAUCCAGGUGUCAGCAUUGUGUUGUGCUGGAGGAGAACACAAUCUGAUCCUGCUGGACCGAACAAUCCACAAACCUAACCCAGCUGGCACUGUUGGAUGGGCUGGCUCCACGUUCGGACCGCUGCAUAAGAGCCGCAUUGGGGAGCACGAGUUCGAAGCCCUGAUGAGAACGCUGGACAAUCUGGGCUACCGUACUGGCUACGCCUAUCGAUUCCCUGUGCUGCUGGAGCGAACACGAACACGGAGGGAGGUGGAGGUCCCAGCGACCGUCACAGCCUUCCACCAGUUUGAUGAUGAUGGUGUCCACCCAGCUCUGAGGCAGCACCCAUUUGUCCAACGCCAGCAGCAGGAGAGGACCCGAUGGCUCAACACCCCCAACACCUACCAGAAAGUCAGUCAGGAACAAGCAAGCCCAGGACACCAGCGCACUGCUCAGUGGUUGAAGACAGAAGAGCUGGCGCAGUCUGGCAGCACAGCCAUCAAAAUAGAAACCCCAAACCAGUUCGUGCCUCUUUUUACCAACCCUCGAGAAGUCAUCGAGACACGAAACAAGAUCCGACAGCAGAAUCGUCAGGAUAUGAAGACAGCAGGACCACAGUCUCAGGUCCUCGCAAGUGUCAUAACAGAGGACAGUCCUCCGACCCCAGUGAGUCCCCCCAAAGACCCCCCAGAACCAGAACCUCCGAACCCCUUCAACCAGCUGACAGACCAGGAGCUGGAGGAGUACCGCAAGGAGGUGCAGAAGAAACAAGAUGGAGGGACCAAUGCCAAACUAUGGAGCAGAAACACGAUGAACGGAUAAGAGUAAAGAACAUUUAGCUUAAAUACCAGGAUUCAUUCAGGUAUUGCUUCAGUCUUCUAACAUUCUGUUGUCUUUCACCUGUGCUUCUUUCUGACCGUCUGACCCACUCAGACCCAACACCAGCCUUCUGAGCACGUUCUGCUAAAACUACGUCAUCUCAUCUUUUCAACUAAAUCUUCAAAAAUAAAAGUCCAUGAGCAUUUAAUACUUAGACUUCACCAGCCUUAUUUUGGUGUCUGAACUAAUAUAACAUAUUUUUACUUUAGAUUUGACAGCUAAAAUGACUCCUACUGUAUAUGCUGUGUGGUCUGGAUGGGUCAAGGCAGGGGUCUCCAACCUCUGGCAUCAUGGACUGAUAGACUAACAUGGACGAGUGGGGGGGUGGGGGUAUCACACAUAAAAAAUAAAAAUAUACAGUAAUUAUAAUAAAUCAUUAUGGCAUUUUUUCAUAAACAAAUCAUCCUUUAGACCAAUGAACUAUACAAAUAUAUAAAAAAGAGCUUUUUUAGUUUCAAUGUCCUCCAAAUUAUCUGUUCUUGUUCAGGUGGUUUGGGAUCCCUGGGAUAAAGGAACAGUGUGUGAUGCAUACUGACAUCUAGUGGUCAGGUUGAAUAGAGCAGUCGCUCAAACACCCUUCUGUCCACGGUUUGUAUGUCUUUAGGUGGCGCCAAACUUCCAGAUGUUAAAACAAAUCCCUGAAAAAUAAUGAAUAACAAAAGAAUAAGCAGAAAACCAUCUGAGCUCACAGACAUGUAGAAACGAGAAAGAUCCAAAUCAGGUUUAAAAUAAAGUUUGCGUUGGUGCAGAAGGGUGUUAAGUGUAGUUAGACUGACUACAGAUAUGCAUGUGUGAAUAGGGGAGAGGGUAUCCUAGUAAGUGGAGAGGCAGGAAAGACUAUGCCCCACACCUAGAGUCAAUUCAGUUUAUUUGUACAAUGCCAAAUCACAAAAAAGAGUCAUCCCAAAGCACUUCACAAAGUAAAACAUCCCAAUACAGUUCAGCUCAUUAAACCAGUCAGUAAAAAGCCAAACCCAGCAGAUUACAUCAAGUCACUGACUUGUUUUGUCAGAAAUUUUACAGCAAUCCUCAUACUAAGCAAGCAUGUAGCGACAGUGGAGAGGAAAACUCCCUUCUAACAGGAAGAAACCUCCAGACGAUCCUGGAUCAGUAUAAGCAGCCAUCCACCACGUCUCACAGGGGAUCGAGAAGACAGAACACACACACACGCACGCACGCACGCACACGCACGCACGCGUGCGCACACACACACACACAUUCUAGUUCUCAGACUUCAAAUGUGGAAACAUGAGUGGAGUUGAUUAAUCUAGACAUUACACGUCGAGUGUCUGUAUAAAUCCAUCAGAAUAUUUAUUAACAUAAGUAACACACACACACACCCCUUGUUGCUAUUGUUACUCACUCCUCAUUUAGCCAAAGUUUCACAUGUGACUGUGGUGCAACAAGUUCUCACAUCUCUACCUACUUACUGCACAGCUGAGCCCCCACUCUCCCUCAUCGUGUGUGUGUGCGUGUGUGUGUGUGUGUGUGUGUGUGUG